AUGUCUACACCAAAUGUCACAUUGAUAGCUGAUGUAGAUGUGCUCAAAGAUGAUUUGACUCUCAAAUCGACGCCGGCAACUUGCUCCUCCACAUUCGACGCCGACGAUUCCCUCUUACCCUGCAGAUGUCGUCGGUUCCCUCUUGAAGACGAUGAUUUGUUAGGGGUUCAUCGACUGGAGAUUUCGAGUCACUCCGAAUUUGAAUCAAUCAGUUUGUGUGUGGGAUGUCAUCUGCAUGCAGUCACCGCUUUGCCUCAUCGCCAUUUCAGGUGGAAGGAUAAAGGAGACGCAAGAGAUUAUUGA